ACAUCUUACAAACCGCUGCAGCCUCUCCCACACUUUCGCUAGCAAUUUAAUCUGCCUCUCAAGUCCAGUCGCGCCUUUCCGGUCACGACCCGAUCUCCGCUGUUUGUCUUCAGUUCCAUGGAAGCAACUGAUGCGCCAUCAUCUACAAAUCCAUCGACGCGCACGGCGGCGGAUCCGCCUCCGGACGAACCAACAUUACAACUCCCAUCCGAAGCUCCAACUUCAAUAACAACAACGAUGCCGUCUUCAUCGGCGCCCUCUGUUUCGUUGUCCUCGCCCUCGCCUUCUUCUACCGCUUCUCCUUCGCAGCCCCAAUCCCAAUCAUCUCUGCAUCAACGACAGCCAGUCGCCUCCCGGACUCGAUCCCAAACCCAGUUGGGGCAAUCCGCUUUCACUCAAUCUACGUCCUCCUCCGCCUCGUCUUCUGCCCCUUCAGUCCAGAGAAGUGGGCUUGCGAUAGGCGUCCCGGCUAUCCUUCCCCAUCACGCUCGGCCGUCGCCAUCAUUGGGCUAUUCCUACGGCUCGUCGUCGAACUUUAGCCAGCCUUUAAUGAGCUCCAGCUCUCCAUCACCCUCCUUUAGUCAGCCCUUAGGCGGAUUUCCUCGGGGUUCCGUCCCUUUGGCUGAGCAAUCUUCAGGCUCCAUUGCACCUUCGCCCUCAUUCAGCCAGCCCUUCUCUGCGAUGCCCCGCAGCUCUUCUGGGAUACCGGACCAGCAACCUAGCUCUAAUUCUCAGUGUGGAAAUCAACAUUAUCUAAGAAGCAACCAUGCGCUACAAAUCACACCAUCCAUGGACCCUCACCUUGCGCUUACAAUUGUAAAGGGUUGCGGCUGUGGUCACUCUCCCACUUCCUCCACUAGUAGAGGUCACCCAAACUACUUCAAUACCAAGUUUUACUGUCAACCCAUUGCCUCCUCCUGGUAAGGUAGAUACUUCAAC